AUGAACAACACAGUGGGCUAUAUCGAUCGAGAUUGGCCAAACCCGCAUGGACCGGGAGACGCGUCAAUCAUCAUUUAUGGAUAUACUCCCUCGCUCGCACUGGCAAUCAUCGGCAUUGCCAGCUUCGUGCUCCUCUUCAUCGCCAUUCUGGCACAAGUAUUCCGCCUCCGUGCGUUCAGCCUCAUCCCGGCAUGCAUUGCUUGCGUCUGCGAACUGAUCGGCUAUGUCUUCCGGUUCCUGUCGGCGCACCAGGAUCCCUACCGCAUUUCUUUCUUCGUUGGCCAAUAUUUCUGCAUCACGGUCGCGCCGGUCUUUAUCUCGGCAAGCAUCUAUGUCGGGCUCGGCCAGCUGGUCGCUUGGGCAUCGACAUCCACGACCCUUAAAACUGGCUCCUUUCUCUCUCGUCUGCGUCCCAAAGCGAUCCUUUGGACAUUCAUCUCGGCCGACAUCCUCUGUACAGCGCUGCAGGUCGCUGGCGCGGCCGUGGUGGGUGAGCGGACCUCGAAUCACGAGGAUCCAACGCAGGCGAACGACAUCCUUAUUGCCGGACUCGCCGCUCAGGUCGCAUCGUUCUGUCUGUUUUUGGUUCUGCUAGCGAUGUUUGUCUGGUUGCUUGCCACCAACCCCAGCCUAGAUUGCGCACCGGGGACAACUGAUCGGCAUCUCCACCGAGCAAGAAUGUACACCUGCGUAGUGUCGGUGGCAGGCAUUUUGAUUUUCGUCCGGACCAUUUUCCGCCUCGUCGAGAGCGCCCAAGGAGUCUUUGGUGAGCUGUCUUCGCAUGAAGUCUACUUUGGCACUCUCGAGAUGGCUACCGUGGUUAUCGCCACAGUACUGCUGGGUAUCUGGCCACCAAAAGCGCUGUUGAACGCCGCGAGAAAAAUUGAUGCGGAAGGGGAGGCGUUCUUGCUUCGCUCAAACUGA